GAGGGCGAGGCCAGGGCCCGCCCGCCGCGACGCCCCCUUCCCAGCCUGCCCUCCGCGCCGCCGCCGCCGCCAGUGCCGUGUCGGUGAGGGGGAUUCAAGACUCGAGAGGAGCCCGCUCGCUGGCUGGCGCUUCUCUCCGCCCUUCUUCCCGCCAGGCCCGCCGCGCUGCCAGGAGCUCUCCCGGCCCGCCAAGCUGGCCUCGGCCUCUUCCGAAAGCGAAGCCAUGGAGGAGCCCAGCACGACGGGCGGCCCCAACGAGAAGAAAAGGAUUAGCUCAGAAAGGAGAAAAGAGAAGUCUAGAGAUGCAGCCAGGUGCCGGAGGAGCAAGGAAUCGGAGGUGUUCUAUGAGCUUGCUCAUCAGUUGCCUCUUCCCCACCAUGUGAGCGCACAUCUCGACAAAGCCUCAAUUAUGAGGCUAACUAUCAGCUAUCUGCGCAUGAGAAAGCUGCUUGAUGCAGAUGACCUGGAAGCAGAAGCUGAAAUGGAGACACAGCUGAAUUGUUUUUACUUAAAAGCUCUUGAUGGAUUUGUCAUGGUUCUCUCAGAGGAUGGGGAUGUGAUCUACCUGUCUGAAAAUGUGAACAAGUGUAUGGGACUCACACAGUUUGAGUUGACUGGACACAGUGUGUUUGAUUUCACUCAUCCGUGUGACCACGAAGAACUGAGAGAAAUGCUCACCCACCGGAAUGGUCCUGUGAAAAAGGGGAAGGAGCAGAAUACAGAACGUAGCUUUUUCCUCAGAAUGAAGUGUACGUUGACCAGCAGAGGAAGAACUGUCAAUAUAAAAUCUGCCACAUGGAAGGUGCUUCAUUGCACAGGGCACAUUCGUGUCUAUGACAGUUGCAAUAAUCAGACAGCGUGUGGGUAUAAAAAGCCUCCCAUGGCAUGUUUGGUGUUAAUCUGUGAACCUAUCCCUCAUCCGUCAAAUAUCGAAGUCCCCCUGGACAGCAAGACGUUCCUCAGCCGCCACAGUCUCGACAUGAAAUUUUCAUACUGUGAUGAAAGGAUUACAGAACUGAUAGGGUAUGACCCUGAAGAGCUCUUGGGUCGCUCCGUAUAUGAAUACUAUCAUGCCUUAGACUCUGACCAUCUGACCAAAACACAUCAUGACAUGUUUGCUAAAGGUCAAGUGACGACUGGGCAGUACAGAAUGCUUGCUAAGCAAGGGGGCUACGUCUGGGUUGAGACUCAAGCAACGGUUAUCUACAACACUAAGAAUUCCCAGCCACAAUGCAUCGUGUGCGUGAACUAUGUCUUGAGUGGCAUUGUGCAGGGAGACUUGAUUUUUUCACUCCAGCAAACUGAGUGCAUGUUGAAGCCAGUGGAUUCUCCUGAAAUGCAAAUGACCAAAGUAUCGGGCAAGACUGACGUGGAUGAUAAAAACAGCCUCUUUGAGAGACUGAAGAAGGAGGAGCCAGACGCAUUGACCUUCCUUGCCCCUGCAGCCGGAGACACCAUUAUAUCAUUAGAUUUUGGCAAUGAUGAGUCUGAUGAGCAACAGUUUGAGGACGUUCCUUUGUAUAAUGAUGUAAUGCUCCCCUCAUCCAGUGAGAAAUUGCAGAGUAUAAAUUUGGCAAUGUCCCCACUACCUGCUUCUGAAGCGACACAGCCACUCCGUAGCAGUGCUGACCCAGCACUCAAUAGAGAGGUGGUGGCCAAGCUGGAGCCCAGCCCAGAGCCCUUAGACCUGGCUUUUGCUGCCCGUCAGACCCAAGAGCAGCCAGCCACACCUUCGGAUGGAAGCACCAGCCAAAGCUCACCUGAGCCUAAUAGUCCCAGUGACUACUGCUUUGAUGUGGAUAACGAGAUGGCCAGCGAGUUCAAGUUGGAACUGGUGGAGAAGCUCUUUGCAAUAGACCCAGACUCGAAAUACCCGUUCUCUACGCAGGAAACUGAUUUAGAUUUGGAAAUGUUGGCACCCUACAUCCCUAUGGACGACGACUUCCAGUUACGCUCGUUUGAUCAGCUUUCUCCACUUGAGAGCAGCUGUGCAAGUUCUCCUUCCACCAUGGCCCCUGUUACCAGAUUGCAGUCGGCUCUGCCAUCAACUACCACGGACAAGAUAAAGUCUGUGACCGCCAAACAAGGGGAGGACUCAAAGAUGCUCGUAGCUCCCAUUCAUAUCGCUAUAGAAACCACUAGCGCCCCUGCAUCGCCCUAUGCAGAGACUCCAAGUCGGACAUCCUCCCCAGUUCGAGCAGGAAAAGACACAAUAGAGCAGAAAGAGAAAUCAAAUCCAGGAACGCCAAGCUUAUUAACAGUCACGUUGGGCAAAAGUAGGUCAACUGCAGCGAAUGAAGAAAUCAGUCCAAAGAUGAUAGCUUUGCAUAAUAUUCAGAGGAAACGAAAGAUGGAGCAGGAUGGCCUGCUUUUCCAAGCAGUGGGAAUCGGCACAUUACUGACGCAGUCAGACAGUCCUGGAGCAAAUGUGUCACUGGCUUGGAAACGUGUAAAAGGAUGCAAAUCCAGUGGACAGAAUGAGGUGGCAAAGACAGUCAUUUUAUUACCAUCAGAUAUAGCAAGUAAACUUCUAGGGCAGUCAAUAGACGAGAAGGGGCUCCCGCAGCUUACCAGCUAUGACUGUGAAGUGAAUGCUCCCAUACAAGGCAACCGAAACCUUCUACAAGGCGAAGAGUUGCUCAAAGCCCUGGAUCAAGUCAACUGAGCUUCUUUUCCCACAAUCGCUGUCCUGUUUUCUUGGACACUGGUGAUUCACCAUCUAAAAGCAGUCUAUUUAUAUUUUCUAUAUCUGAUUUUAGAAGCCUGGCUACAAAUACUGCACUAAUUCAGUUAGUUUGGUUCUGAUCCCUUUUUUUUACUUUUGGACAGUCUCUCUUUAAAGAAAAAGAAAAUAGGGGGGAAAGUUCACAAUAACUCUGCUAAUGAUGCGUUUUUCAUAGACAAACCUUUGGUACAUAAAGUCCAGUACCUUUUUAGGACACGCUUGCAAUUAUAGCUUUGAAGUAGGCACCUAUUUUGGGUUGUUUUAAAGAAGUAUUUAUUAUUUUUUAAUUUUGACCAGGAAUUUGUCAUUGAAAAGAUUUUUAACCAUGAGGCAACACCACAGAGAAACUGGUUUAGUCUUCUGUCGUGUGGUCUGUCAUUGUUUGACGCUAGUAUCUACUGUGUUGUGCUCUGAUGUCUGGACAAGUUUUUACUUACUUUACCUUUUUAAGAUGAUAAACAUUGCUUUGCAGCAGUGCAUUUGUAGCCACAAUCGCACAAUAUAUUUUCUUAAGAAAAUAAAAAGAAAAUACCAGCAGUUCCUCAUGCAAUAUUCUGCAUUUAUAAAGCUAGUUUUUAAGGAGAACUUUUUAAAAAGAUUUUUUUGGUUCCUCUUGUUUGUUUUUUGCCUGUGAAAUCAUGUUGAAAUUUGGAGUAAUACUGUUGUGUGUUGUCAUGUUAUACAACAAGAGAGUUCUUAAAUGCUGUAUUAACGUCCAAGUGUGGUUAGGGGAAAGGAAGGGUUUAAUCUUGAGAGGUUAGCAACAUUUGAGGCCUUUUAGUUUAGAAAGGAAGGCUUCAGAGGUUAUAAAAUUAUGCGUGGUGUGGAGGAAGAUGCAUUUUUCCUCUCUCAUUGGCUCGCCCAAUUAAAUGGGUUGGUAUACAGUUCAGGUCAGACAAAAGGAAGUUAUUGCUCAAACAAUGCAUUAAUCCACUGCCACAAUGUGGUGAUAGCCACUGGCUUAAAUAGCUUUUUAAAGUAUUAGAAAAACAAUGGCUGUUAGCCAAGAUAAUGAAACAGAACCUCCAGAAAGACAGUGUAAUUCUGAAUAAGAGUUUUCUGGGAGACCAGGAGGGCAGAGCUCUUGCUUUUGGCUUCCUGGAAGCAUCUGGCUGGACUAGAUGGACCCUUGGUCUGCUCCAGCAGGGCUGCUCUUAUGUUCUUUAUGUGGCUAAAAGAGAUUUUUGAUGUGUUUUUUUAAUAAGUAGUCACUUUGCCAGAGCAGAGAGAAUCUCCCAGUCUCCCCCCCCCCCAUAGCUGUGAAAGUUCAUGCUAAUAUUGUGAACCUAAUAACUGAAUCGUAAGUGUUCCAAUUACCUUGUUUGGUAGAGGUGGUAUUUCAAGCAAAUUGUAAAACAUCCUGCCUUGUUAGCAGAGUUGCUCAGUAAUACUUGAUGUUUUUGUUUUUUUGCACCUUGUUGCUAUUAACAUCCAUAUGUUCUAUUUUAUUUUAUUUUAUUUUAUUUUUUGUUUAAGCAUAGAUUUCAGUAGUGCUGAAGAUAUUUUAGGAUUUUUUUAAAUUUAGGGAAUAUGUCACACAAUCCUCUUAUUUUCCUCCUUGUGCUGUAUAAUAUCCCUCCCACCCACCCACGCACACUCAUUCUCUCCCCCUCCCCUUCGUGGUUGGCUCUAACACUAACUGUAUUGUGUUAUUACAUCAAUAAACUAUCCGUGGACCAGG